CAGAAAUCUCUUUCUAUUGUGUCAUCGACUCAUAUUAAACAUGUAAAUGCAGGAAAGGAGAACAAAGUUAUUCUAUUUUAGGCGUAUCCGGUAAAAGUAAAUUACCCCCAGGGGUGGGGUCUCCUGUCAUUUAAAAGGUACAGAAGUAAAUAAGUUAUGCUGACUUUAUAAAAACUAAUACAAUAGAAACAUGGCACGACCUAUAGUACCUAGUCAACAAAAGUUAGCUGAAAAGUUAACUAUUUUAAAUGACAGAGGUAUUGGAAUGUUAACUCGAAUUUAUAAUAUAAAAAAGGCAUGUGGUGAUGCAAAGUCAAAACCUGCAUUCCUUUCGGAUAAAAGUUUAGAAUCUUCUAUCAAGACAAUAGUUAGAAAGUUUCCUAAUAUUGAUGUUAAAGGUCUCCAAACAAUUACAAAUCUUCGCAAUGAAAUCAUUAAAUCUUUAUCUCUAUAUUAUUAUACCUUCGUUGAUUUGCUUGAUUUCAAAGAUAAUGUUUGCGAGCUUUUAACCACAAUGGAUGCUUGUGGAGUACAUAUGGAUAUUACAAUAAAUUUUGAUUUAACAAAAGGUUAUUUGGAUCUUGUUGUUACAUAUGUCAGUUUAAUGAUACUUUUAUCACAAGUAGAGGAUCGUAAAGCAGUAUUAGGGUUAUUUAAUGCAGCCCAUGAAAUGGUACAUAGUCAAUCUGAUCCUAGCUUUCCUCGUUUGGGCCAAAUGAUUAUGGAUUAUGAUGCACCAUUAAAAAAACUUUCAGAAGAAUUUGUUCCUCAUUCUAAAUUAUUAAAGACUGCUCUCAUUUCAUUAUGGCCUAUAUAUCCUGAAAGAAAUUUGUCUGCAGAUACAUGGAGAGCAGAUCAAAAGCUUAGUCUUGUUGGAAGCCCUGGACAAAUACUUAAAGCAGCAGCAACAGACACCAUGUCUUGUGAAACCUUAAGUUUAGAUAGAAUAGAAAGAUGGGUUAUUUUAGGUUUUACUUUGUGUCAUUCAUUUUUAAAUCAGGAACAGCCCAGUAAAUUGUGGACCACAGCUUUAGAAUCUGGUUGGGUGCUGGCUUUAUUCAGAGAUGAAGUAAUUUACAUACAUCAAUACAUACAAACAUUUUUUGAAAGCAUAAAAGGAUAUAGUAAAAGGGUAUCUGAAGUGAAAGAAUGUUACAAUCAAGCAGUGCAAAAGGCUGGUUACAGACAUAGAGAAAGAAGGAAGUUUUUAAGGACUGCAUUGAAAGAAUUAGGUUUGAUUUUAACCGAUCAACCUGGUCUUUUGGGACCAAAAGCACUUUUAGUUUUGAUGGGACUUUCUCAUGCCAGAGAUGAAGUUUUAUGGCUUUUGAGACAUGGUGUUAAUCCUCCAACACAAGGAAAAGGUAAAGGAAGAGGAGGAGAAGAUUUAGUGGAUCGUCAAUUACCAGAAUUAUUGUUUCAUUGUGAAGAAUUAAGAGCAUUAGUGAAGAAAUAUUCUCAAGUACUUCAGAGGUAUUAUGUACAAUUUUUAUCAGGAUUUGAUGCACCUGCUCUAGAUCAAAUGAUACAAAAUCUUCCAGCUUGUCCAGAAGAUGAAGGAGCAAUUCUUAGUGAUAUGUGUUCAAAGAUAGCUAGUCUAACAGUGAAACAAGUGGAAGAUAAUGAACUGUUUGAUUUUCGUGCAUUUAGAUUAGAUUGGUUCAGAUUGCAAGCAUAUAUGUCUAUUGCAAAAUGUAAUAUGAAUUUAGCUGAUAAUAGAGAAUUAGCAUCUUUUAUGGAUACUGUAGUAUUUCAUACUAAAAUGGUAGAUAACUUGGAUGAAAUGCUAGUUGAAACAUCUGAUUUGUCAAUUUUUUGUUUCUAUAGCAAAGUAUUUGAAGAUCAAUUUCACAUGUGUUUAGAAUUUCCUGCCCAAAAUAGAUAUAUUGUUGCAUUUCCUUUAAUAUGUAGUCACUUUCAAAGUUGCACACAUGAAUUAUGUCCAGAAGAACGUCAUCAUAUUCGAGAAAGAAGUCUAUCCGUUGUCAAUAUGUUUCUGGAUGAAAUGGCCAAAGAAGCUAAGAAUAUUAUUACAACUAUCUGUGAUGAGCAAUGUAAUAUGAGUGACAAAUUAUUGCCAAAACAUUGUGCAUUAUUAAUCUCUCAGGUUGUAAAUCGAAAGAAGAAAGAUAAAAAUAAGAAGAAUAUGUAUGAAAUUCAUAAACCUGGUAUAGAAAGUUAUAGAAAAACUAGAGAAGAACUUACAACAAUGGACAAACUUCAUAUGGCAUUAACAGAAUUAUGUUAUGCCAUUAAUUAUUGCCCUACUAUUAAUGUAUGGGAGUAUACCUUUGCACCAAGAGAAUAUCUACAUCAGCAUUUAGAAUCAAGAUUUGCCAGAGCACUUGUUGGUAUGGUCAUGUACAAUUCAGAUACUAGUGAAAUAGCUAAACCAUCAGAACUCUUUGUUAGUGUUAGAUCUUAUAUGAAUGUUCUUCAAACAGUUGAAAAUUACGUGCAUAUAGAUAUUACGCGUGUAUUUAAUAAUGCACUUCUUCAACAAACUCAAGAAUUAGAUAGUCAUGGUGAUAAGACUAUUGCUGCUUUAUACACACAAUGGUAUUCAGAUGUUUUAUUAAGACGAGUUAGCGCGGGAAAUAUUUGUUAUUCCAGCAAUCAAAGAGCAUUUGUUAGUUUAUCUGUAGAAGGAGCAAUCCCUUUUAAUGCAGAGGAAUUUUCUGAUAUUAAUGAAUUAAGAGCAUUAGCCGAAUUAAUUGGACCAUAUGGUAUGAAAAUGUUGAAUGAAAAUUUAAUGUGGCACAUAGCCAGUCAAGUACAACAACUAAAAAAAUUAGUUGCUGGAAACAAAGACGUUCUUAUUGCAUUGAGAACGAAUUUUGAUAAACCAGAAGUAAUGAAAGAACAAUUUAAAAAAUUGCAACAAGUGGAUAAUGUGUUGCAACGAGUUACAAUUAUAGGUGUAAUUUUAAGUUUCAGACAAUUAGCACAAUCUGCAUUGGUCGAUGUCUUGGAAGAACGUAUACCGUUUCUUUUAAGUUCAAUCCUAGAUUUUCGACAUCAUUUACCAUCUGGUGAUCCCAUGCGCGUCGUUUCAGAAAUGACGUCUGCAGCAGGUUUAACGUGCAAAGUUGAUCCAACAUUAACCGCAGCAUUAAGAAGCCAAAAAUCUGAAGUAGAUGAAGAUGAACAUUUACUCGUAUGUUUAUUGAUGGUUUUCGUGGCUGUUUCUAUUCCAAAAUUGGCUCGAAAUGAGAAUUCUUUUUACCGGGCAUCUUUAGAAGGGCAUUCUAAUAACAUACAUUGUAUGGCUACUGCGAUAAAUAACAUUUUCGGUGCAUUAUUUACCAUAUGCGGGCAAAAUGAUAUAGAAGAUCGAAUGAAAGAAUUUCUUGCUUUAGCAUCUUCCAGCUUACUCAGACUAGGACAAGAGGCAGAUAAAGAGGCAAUUAAAAACAGGGAAUCCGUUUAUCUUUUGUUGGACCAGAUAGUUCAAGAAUCUCCAUUUUUAACGAUGGAUCUAUUGGAAAGCUGUUUUCCAUAUGCACUAAUACGUAAUGCAUAUCAUGAUGUAUACAAGCUCGAACAUUCACAGCCAUAAAACUAUCGAUGAAGAAUAUGCAUUUUUAGCUUGCCACUCAGGGCCAUUUUUUUUACGUCCAUUAUAUUAAACAUGGAAAAGCAUUUUUAUUAACUAUUCAAAAAGAAAGCGAUGAAAGUGGCAAAACAUUCUAUUUAUAAGAAAUAUAAUUAAUAAUAUUUUUUGUAUGCUGCUUUAAAUCGAGUUCUUCGGAUAUUGAAUUCGAAAUAUGUCUUUUUGGAAUGUAUUUAAAGAUACCUGAAAAGACACGUUUACGCUAAUUUAUUUGAAAUAAUGCAUUUUGUAUAGAGCAAUAUCAUCUUUCAUAUUUGAUACCUGGCUUAGAAUAUAAACUAUUUACUGUAAUACAUUUUUUCAGUAUUCUAUUAUACAUCAUCUGUAUGUAAAGAACGUUUUGUAUUACAGGUAAAUUGUAAAAUGUUAUCUAUGAAUCGAAAUACACACUUAUCGUAAAAUAGGUAUUAUUCUAUCUGCUACAUUUUCUAAUGUACAAUUGUAACUUUUACAAUAGUUUAUAAAAUAAAUAAAAGUA